CCUCUCUGAAAAGAGUCCACAGAGAAAACAUACAUUACACGGAUAAGAAGUAAAAUAAUUAUCCAAUCACAGCACAAGCAGGCAGACCGGGUUCCCUUAGCAACAACUAAAGGAGACGAGAGAAUCCUUUUCUCUUUCUGCUCCUUUGGUUUUUGGGCACACCCCUGUGGACUGCUGUGGGUCAGUCUUUUGCAAGAGGACUUCAAAAACAUUUUUACAUAAGACAAGCUAUCUCCGAAAUUCCAGAGGAAGGUGCUCAUUUGCCUUCAAGUCAGCUUGUUACUGUGUCUCAUUGGCACAAUGAGUUUUUUGUUAUGCCUCCACAAAUUCGCAUCGAAAGUCACACUGCACUGGCUUAGAAAUCAAUUCAUUUUGAUCCCACGCCACCUGGAAUGAGCCCUGCAUUUUGGGGGAGAUUUGACACUGUGUGAAAAGACCCACUCUUACAUUUCUCCCUGUCAUGGACAAGAAAUGAAGGACAACAUGAUUAGGUCAUCAACUGCAAAGAAAAUGGAUGAGAAGCAGAGUUUAUUUUGAUGUGAGUUUCUACUGAGAGUCUUUUUUCCUCGGAGGAGGUUACACUGCACUUGACAGAGGAAUAUUCCCUUUUUUAAACAGGAGCUGUCCUUUCUGUCUUUUAAACAGUAGCCCUCAGUAAUGGACUAUUUUUAGAAGGCAAAUCUUGGCCCGCUACCAAUAAAAUCGAACACGAUCAUUUUGAGAAUCGAGCCACUGCUGGGAGUUUUAUUUUUCUAUUUCAAAAAGGUUAUCGUGAACCCUUUCCCUGUUUUCACUUUUGUAUGUUAGCCUGCCAUUAUGCCACUGUGUUUUACACGUAAAAAAGAGUGUUCAGGACAAAUGGAAGAAAGAAAAAGCCUUUUCCCUGUAUAGACAGGCAUUUUAAAUAGCAUCUCCUUGAGAACAAUUUCAAAUAUAUACACUGACACAUGAGAUGAGUUGGCUCAACAUGAUUAUUGUCUUCAAGAAGGCAUGGAUGCCAGAGUGUGACCCUGUGCCGAGAGUGCUGGCGAGGCAAGGUGUUUUGGCUGCCGAGGUGCUUUUAAGAUGUUGAGGUCUCCCUGCGUGGCCGGGGCCCCUGUUCGGAUCAGUAGCACUGAGGCUCCUUGUAGCCAAAGACAUGGACCCCGACUCGGCUCCCCCACGCCCUCAGCCUGUUGGCCACUGGCUCCACGUCACCCUGUAAAGGAUGUCCCUCAGCAGAGCUCCGGCCCGGGACACCUCUGAGACCCCCAGCCCGAGAGAACGCAUCCGCAGCCACAUGAAGAUGGUGAUUGAUCAGCUGGAAGGAAUUCUCAAAGAGCUCAAGGAUGUGGCCAAGGAACUCCGGGAGGUGGUGGGUCAAAUCGAUAAACUAACGUCUGACUUUGACUUUGACCUGGAGCCAGAUGACUGGACCGUGGCCACAGCCAGCAGCACGUCCAGCAGUGAGCGGGGCUUGGGAGAGGCCUUCCGAUUGGACUUCCUCAAUGCAGAUGUCCUUUCUGACAGCUGGGAGUUCUGCAGUUAUCUGGAGGCUGCUGGUGCAGCCGCUCGCAGAUCUAGCGGGCAACCAGGAGAUCCGCAGCAGGAGCUGGGUCGUGGGACCAACCUCACCCAAACACAAACCCCCACCCCACCCCCCACCACUGCGUCUGUCUACUCUCAGAUGAAUGGCGGGCUGCCCAUCCCCAAUGGGCCACGCAUUAUUACUCCAGAUUCAUCGAGCGAGGAGGCCAGCAGCUCCACGCACAGCCACAAGACUUCCCGUACCUCUGGCACAAGAGAAAGAGUCCGCUUCAGUGACAAAAUUCUGUACCACGCAUUGUGCUGUGACGAUGAUGAAGAGGAGGAGCAAGAGGAGUUACAAGAGGAUAAGAGUGGCUGUGCUACACCAGAUAGCGAUACUGAGCCCAGCCUCCUGGCCAGCUCAGUUGCCCCCAAACGUUCUUCCUCUGAGCACUCACUCCUCCAUAACUGUCUGGACCCUUCUUAUGUCUCCUCACCUGUGAAGGGGACGACAGGAGCUCACACACUACCCAGGAAAGGUCUCUUAAACCCCGGCUGCCGCAAAAAACUGUUACGAAAUAGCAGCACACAAACUGUCUCUGACAAGAGCACCCAAACUGUACUGCCCUAUAUUCCAACCAAACAGAAAACAAAGGACCACUGAGAAAGCCCGAAGUUUAUCGUAAAAUCUCAUGAAGGACU